GAAAACAAUCCCUCUUACUUAUUACUACACUCCAGUACAAUUCUCAUGAAUUACGAUGGCUGAAGCAAAGACUCUGUCCACAUCUCAGAGCUCAGAUCCCAGGGCAACUAAUCGUGCUCGCUUCGAACUGGAAUUAGAGUUUGUCCAGGCACUCGCGAAUCCGUUUUACUUGCAUUCCCUGGCGCAGCAGAACAUUUUGGAACAACCUGCAUUCAUCAAUUAUCUCAAAUAUCUGCUUUAUUUCAAGGAGAAGGAUUAUGCUCGAUUCAUACACUAUCCUCACGCUCUACACCACCUCGAGUUACUGCAGCAUCCAGAGUUCAGAGCUGUCAUGAAAAGGGACGAAUCUUUCCGAGAGUAUCUGCACCAGAAACAAUUUGACCACUGGCGGACUUGGCGCGAUCCGAAAAACCUCAAUGCGACAGUCAACCUGGAAUCCACCCAAAGCACGUAGAUCCUUCCGUCGUAAGAGCUGGAAGAUCUGCCGAUGUUGACAGCUUAAGCCCGAAGUCUGCUAGGGACCACCGAUGCCAUACUUACCCCAGAAAGAGUGUGUAUGGAUUUAAGUCCCAAUGGAAAAAUGGGCGAUUUAAUAUAUGCUUGGCAUACAGUAGUCGCCAAAGUUCGGAUUUAAGCUUUAGUUCGGU